UGCACUUGGCCCUAGGUACACGAGGACGACAUCAUGAAAUCAGUAAGGCUUUCGAAGCCUUUACUUGGGCCAUGUUCAAACCUUUUUUGACUUUCACUUUAGUGCAUUUGGCCCUAGCUACACGAGGACAACAUCAUGAAAUCAGUAAGCAUGCUACUAACUCCGGACAAUUUGGCUACACUGGAUGUCCUUCAAAUAAUGAUUUCUACUACGAAGGUAUAAUUACAUCGCCACUUUACCCAGAUAAUUAUCCACCAAAUACUGAAUGCUACUAUUACAUGACAGCUGCACCCGGUAAAGUCCUCAGUUUCAACUUCACGCACUACGAUUUGGAGACAUGCUGUGAUUAUGUGACGAUUUAUGAUGGAAAUGGAAUAAAGAGCCCUAAGCUUGUCCAGUAAGA